UUUUUUUUUUUACGGUUUCAUAAUUUGACUGAUGUGUAAAAAGAUAGAUGUACAAAAUAGUUCUAAUUAUGUUGUAGAUGUUCAUACCCUAUUUUUCAGGGAGAGACAAAGACCUGUUCAUUGUAACUUGGCGGCUGCACUUAGUUACUUUGGAAUGUGACGGAGCGUGCACGUUCAGAAUGAGACGAGAUAUCUGUUACCAGUGCAACAAAGCUGCAACAGCAUUAUUAAAUGAGCUAAAUGGACUCUCUUUAAACGUCUCAGUGCUGAUCUGAUCUAACCUGACACUGAAUCAUUAAAGUUCAUAUGCUCUAACCAAACUGCCCCAUUCUAAUCCCUUGUUGUCUUUCCAGACACACUCUUGGCCAUUCAGACAGAAAUGAAUUUUUAACACGUGAAAGUGAGGCUCACUGUAAUCUCUAAUCACAUGCAUGCACACCAGUCACACACGUUUUAGUAGGUCUUCAGAGGCCAGUUCUCUCAUUACUCUUGUGUCUGCUGCCAGAAGAGAGGGCAACCUUGAGCAGGUUGGUAAGCGAGCACAAAGGCAACGGCCGGGCCAUGCAGAGCACCGGUGGAUUGUGACGUCUUUCAUUACCUUUACAGCUCACCGGGCCAGACCUGCUGCUCGCCUCCGCUCACCCAACCCCACCAGCUGGCAGACGUUUAGGUGUCGGCUUCCCCUGUGUGUGUGUGUGCAUGUGUGCCGCGGGGGGUAGGUUGAGUUGCCCUAGACACCCUCCGAAUCCAGUCAUAGGCGGUCAGCGCAGGUGCAGAGAGGCAGGGUUGACAUGGUGCUCCAAAAGGCCAUCGCCGCAGCCCGCGAGGGAGACCUACGGGCCCUCAGGGAGCUCGCCGAAACUGGAUGUCUAAACGACGCCAUUGCGGAUGCUCAGGGGGCGGGACUGGUGCACCAUGCUGCACGCUGUGGUCAGCUGGACUGCCUUUGCUUUCUGGUGACAGAAGCUGGGCUGCCGGCUGACGCAAAGGCCCUAAAUGGAGCCACACCUGUCCAUGAUGCCGCAGCUACAGGUCACACCCGGGAACUAAAGUGGCUUGUACAGGUUGCAAGAUGCAAUGUUAAGGAUCAGGAUUCUGGUGGGGCCACUCCGCUCCAUCUCGCUGCUCGGUUCGGGAAGGUGGAAGCUGUCCACUGGCUGUUAUCUCAUGGGGAUGGAGCAGAAGUAGAAACAAACUGCGGUGCUCUUCCUGCUCACUAUGCUGCAGCAAAGGGUGACCUCACCUGUUUGAAGCUGAUGAUUGGUCAAGCUCCAGGGUCUGUUAAUCGACAGACUAAUAUGGGUGCCACGCCGCUGUAUCUGGCCUGCCAGGAGGGACAUCUGCAUGUUGUGGAGUAUCUUGUGAGAGACUGUGGAGCUGACUUUCAUCUAAGAGCCCAAGAUGGCAUGACGCCAUUGCAUGCUGCAGCUCACAUGGGCCACCAUGCACUGGUGGUAUAUCUGGCGUCCUUCACAGACGUCAACCUGUCUACCCAAGAUAAUGAAGGGGCAACCGUUUUACACUUUGCUGCCAGUGGGGGGCAUCAUUGCAUCUUGGAGACGUUGUUACAAAUGGGAUCAAAGGUCAAAAAGGAUUACUGGGGCGGCACUCCUCUACAUGAUGCAGCAGAGAAUGGGGAAAUAGAGUGCUGUCGAAUCCUACUGGGUCACCAGAUCAGCCCAAAGGAAAGAGACAUAGAUGGAUUCACGGCCGCUAAUCUGGCUGAAUACAAUGGCCACUUUGAGUGUGCCAGAUACCUUCGCUCUGUGGAGAGAAAUCUCUGUCCAGCUGCACAGCCUCUGGAAGAGAACUGUCCUAUAGAGGAAGAGCUUAGAGAGAAACCAGCUGUGUCCCGGCAACUUUGCUCUGAUUAUUACAGACAGAUUACUAAUCCACACAAUAACAUGGACAGUCUUAAGCACCCUGAGACAGAAGAUUCGCCUCAAGCCCGUUACCCCGCUCCACCUCUUUCACCUCCUCCACCCCCUUCCACCACUACCUCCUCAGUCAGAUCACCUCCAUCUUCUAUCCCACAUGGGAACGCUUUACACAAUGUCCACAUGGCCACUACUGUGGUGAAGAACCUUAGCUCCACUACGCCUGCAAGUAAGCCAGUACCAGAGAAAGGGAAACUGCUAAUGGGAGAAAUGAAACUGGGAGAUGUGAAAUCUAUCGCCAGCUUUAAAAAAUCUGUAUUGACUGCAGAUUUGACAUUUUCAAAUAAAAUGGUUGUGUUACCGACAGAGGAGGCUAAUUUGUCUGAUAUUGAUUACCUGGUGCCCAUGCACGAUGAGAAGGGCAGACCUAUAGCAGAAUGGAAGAGACAGGUGAUGGUACGACAGCUACAGGCCAGAUUAUUUGACCAGGAAACCCAGAGGAUGAAGGAGAAUGGUAGUAGAUAUUCUAAGAUGGAUAGUUGGAGGUUCUCCCAGGCUCACAAUGCCAUCCUGGGUCCAUUUGGAGAACUUCUAACAGAAGAGGACCUCAUUUAUCUAGAGAAGCAAAUUAAGAGUGUCUCGAUGCAUAAGAACUGCGAGGGCUAUGAAAUGGAGCUUGCUCAUCUGGCCGAAGAACUUCGAAACAUUCUCCCUGCACCGAUAGUCAACAUCACAGUCAACACCCAGUACAAAAACUCUACACAGACUCCUUUACCCGUUUGGUGCAACCGUAUUUCAGGGAUUGUGAAGAGUAUGUCACUGCUUAUGACCAACCUAACAGACCAGCCCUACUGCAAAAUGCCAAACACAGAGCUUGUGAGUGUCUUCUCUCAGGCUUCAGAGAGGCAAGCCUCCACCAGAGGCAGGAGGGAGAAGAUAGAAAACGAGAUUCACCAGUUUGGGGUCUCUGUGAGGAACCUGAAGUCCAACUUUGAGAAUCAGAAUGAAUCCUCAUUGGAGGAUUCAGGGAGAACAGAAUCAUUGGGUGACCAAGAGAAAGAACUAGUAGAGAGUGGUUUGGAUGAGGUCUCUCAAAAACAGGAACAAAGACCAGAGAUUGACCAGAGUGAUGAUUCAGAGAUCGACUAUGUAAUCAGCGAUGCCAUGGAAAGUACAACCCUGCGAAAGGAACGUAUUGUGGUAUUGUUCCUGGGUCACUGGAAGAAGUCAGCUUAUACUGUAACAGUGAGAAACGCUCAGAGGAAGCAAAGCAUUGAUUCGCUGGAGAUAUCUAUGAAACCAAAGUGUGAACGCAAAGCUAGCUUGGAUAUCUCUCAGAAGAGGACCAUGGAGAAUGGCAAACUGGGGCACUUUUUCAAGCAGAGAAGUGCCAUCAAUAAGAUGAUUGGGAACUGGAGAAGCAUGAUCUCAUUUGUACCGUCGCGGCAGAUACGAAGACUCAACCGGCAGCAGGCAAUUUACUCACCUGAGCAGUUCCUCCCCCGUGUGGAUGGAUCUCCCGUUGACUACGACACGCUGACACUCGACCUCUUCAUGCUCGGCUACUUUCACAUACUGGAGUUGGAUUUGCCAUCAGAUGAGAGGAAAAUGAGACACCUGCUGUGCUUUGAAGUGUUCGACCAUGUGGGGCGUUUUACCUGGGAAACUGUCCGGGAUUUUCAUAAGGCUGUAAUUCAGGACAUUGAAGCUGGAAACCGGGAAUGGAAGGAUGGAUUUGAGGACAUUAAGGUGAAGUUCUUUGGAGAUGGAUCAGGCCAACCAGAGCUUGAACACUUAGAGCAGACUACAACGGUAGACAAGAGACCUGUGCCUAAAGUCAUUGUACAGACGCCCACCCCAGAUGAGGGUGAUGUCCUGAAAAAUAAUGCAGAUAUUAGUUGUCUGACUAAUGAUGAAAUUUGCAAAUAUAUUGACCGUAGUUUUGCUUUCUGGAAAGAAAAGGAGGCUGAGAUAUUUGAUUUUGAGGAAUGACAAUAAGCCGUUUGGGGCAGGGUGGUAUGUACAUAGA